CUCAAUGCGUGAGCGGCUGUUACUGAACAUACAGCGACUGUUAGUGAGAGCCAGUCAGGCAUCUGUAUUGUUUAAGAGACUCACCUAAAGAGCGUCCUCCUUGGCCCAAGUAGAAAUUUAGACACUCGAGUCAAAAUAGAUCAGCUCACCUGAAGACUGAAGUCAUCCGGGAGAAAAGGAAAUGGACUGUCACAAUCAGGAGGAGUGCAGCCGGCCCCAGGAGGAAGAGGACAUCAUGGACAUCCCCCUGGAUGACCCCGAGGCCAACAGAGCCGCUGCCAAGAUCCAGGCUGGCUUCCGCGGCCACAUGACUCGUAAGAAGAUGAAGCCAGAGGACAAAACUGAAGGGGAGGAGGUGAGCAGCACUGGGGAUGUGCUCCACAGCAGCCAGGGGGGCUCAGAGACAGGAAGAUCGGGGGCAAUAGAGAGAGACGACACAUCUGUGCCAGAGCAGUGACGCCCCUGUCCUGACCUGGAUGAUGAGAGGGAGAACAGUCAAGAAGAGGUAGAUGGAUGGCACAAGCUGGUACAAGCUGGUUUGCAGGCUUACCUUUUUAACCCCAACCCACCCCCACAAUCAUUUCCCUUUUUUUUUCCCAACAUGAGUUAGCUGUAGAAAAUGAACAGUUUCGAGGGUGUGUUAUGUGAAAUAUUUGUGAACUUUAACACUCCCUCCCUGCUUCUUCGACAGCCUCCAGCCUCAUCAGUGCGAAUAUCUUUGACCCAGAAUUUGCAACUCACUGCAUGUACUUGUGAAACUUCUGGUACUGUGCUAGUUUUUAGAUGAUGAUCUGUGAAUGUGAAAAUAAAUGUCCUCCAAGCUAGACAGGGCUUAUUUUUUGAAUGGAUCAAUGCAUAUAUCCUGUGUGUAACACCUUGUAUGCAUCACUUUUGGUGACUAGUGGCUUAUUUUGUUUGUUGGUUUUCCAUGUUUAAUGAUGUGCUUGUAUUUGGACAGUUAUCUGACUUGCUUGCAAAAUAAUUAAAGCAUCCAAAUCACCAAAAGAAAAGUAGCUAUGUAUGUUCUAUUUGUUAUUUAUAUCUUUCUGACCACGUGAAGUAUUUUCACAGCAUUUUUCUAUAAAUCUGAUCUUCCAGAGCAGUAAGCAUGCGGUAUUUACACUCUUCUCCAGAUGCAUUUUGGUACAGCUUUACCUUAUAAAAUAGUAGUUCUAUGUCCUCUGUUGUUUUGUUGUGUUGUAAGAGUUUUUCAGAGCUUUUUCAGAGUUUUUCAGUGCUUAAAAAAUCAACUCAGUAGUACCUGAACCUUGGUGUGGAGUCCUGGCACUAAUAAAUUCAUUCUAACUAUA